AUGGGAAACAAUUAAAAUAAUAAUAAUGCUGCUAAUCAUUAAAGUGUACAACAUUUAACCAAUGAUCCAAAUUAUCAAUAAGUGCUUCGAGAUUUAUAUUAAAACAAUCCAUAAUAGAUAGUUUAGGAUUUUCCUUAAUAUCUACAAAAUCAGGAUUAACAUCCAGCAAGAUUUAAACACAAUGUCGAAGUCAAGAAAGUUGUUCCAAAACAAAAUAAUACUUACAUUAAAAAGGACUCUUUUAAAUUAGCACAAAUAGAUGCUAGCACUUAUUAAAUAGAAUUUGUCUUCGAAUGUUUAGAGCCUGUGACACUUAAAAUUCAUUUGUUAGCCGUUGAAACAAUUAAUAAUGAAUUUAUUACUUAAAAAAUUACUGCCUAUUAAUCAAAGACCUACCAUUUCGAACCUGUUUCAGCAUAUAAAUUUGAUUAGUUUCAGUUUGAUAUACGAUAGAUCAAACUAGAAGAUUUAGAGUAUACAAAUUAAGAAAAACGAUAAUAUCCAUUGAUCAUUGAAAUGGAAACAUAAGAGAAAGCAUUAUUUUAAUACUGUUUUUUCAAGUUGAAUUAAAAUGAAAUACAAUUAUAGACACUAGAGAUUAAGAUGUAAAAGAAUGGAAAGGCCUUUAGUGUUAGAGAUGUUUAUGGGGGUUAAGAGGAUUAAGAUAAAGAUUGUGUUAUUUGUUUGAGUAACAAAGUUAAUACAUUGAUUUUACCAUGCAAACAUAUGAGUUUAUGUUAGACUUGUUGCUAAGGGUUGAAGGAAAGAAAAAUAGAAUAAGCAGCUUUAGAAUAAUAAUGA